ACCUUAGGACUCCACUGGUAACAUUCUAAUAGGCAAGCGGCACUGAUUGGUCAACCUUUACAGUCAUGUGCUCGUGUUUCUGAUUGGCCUAUUUCGAUCCACAAUUGGGUAUAUAUAUUUCUUAGCGUAGAGUUUUCGAUCUAUGUUCUGACGUUUUAAACUCUAAAGAGUGUCAAACAAAAAGCUUUAGUUUACUAAAUGUUUGCUUUUUUCAAAGCCAUUGAUAACUAGAAUGUUUGACGAGGGUUGAAAUGACCAUUAUAAUAAUCAGUUUGAAUUCGAAUGCAGUGUGCAGCCGUUUUGAAAUGCUUUCAUACCUUUCACGCACGUUACAAGUAAACCACCCGCAAAUUACCUUGAAAGUUAUAUCUGCAUCAAAAGCAAAGUUGGAAAGUGUUUUGUGUUUUGUGCUUGGGUUUUAAAUAAAAAUGAAAACUGUCAAUUGUGUCAAUUAUAAUAACGGUUGGUGUUUAUGAAAGUGGUGGUUUAUGAUUAUCAUAAUGACCGUUAUUAAUUGUCUUAGUGGAUGGGCGAUGAAUGACUGUCAACGCCGGUGUUGCCUUGCGAACAUUUGAUGUCUACAGGUGCUAGUAUUUGAACAAGUCGUUUAUAUGUUGAUAUAUCAAUAGUUUUAGCAGAAAGGCGUCUGCGGAAGGAAGCAGGGCUCGAAGAAACACAUCAUUGUUUACUUGAUGGAGCUCAGAAAAGUUGGAGCUUGAUGGUUUGUUUAGAUUUGGAAUUAAGUCAGUGAUGGUGGAUACUUUGUUUGCUUGUUAAGACAAAUAGCGGAAGCGGAGGGCUGUGAAUUGUAGCGCCGCUUGAUUUGUUUUAUGGCUGUACGUGUUGGUCUUUGAGGGAUGAACACAAAGCGAAAAAGCCGUACUACUAUGUUGGCACUUUUUGUUGUCUUAUUUGGUCUGGUGGACACCUUGAAUACUCAAGCAACAACUUAUGUAGCACUGCGGAUAGAAACGAGUUGGGGCGCCUUCUGUCAGCAGAAGGAGACUUUCAAAGCUUCCCUUUUAGAUUUUGUAAACAAGGAAAUAAAAAUUGCAAUACGAGCCAGCCAAAUAGCUUUACUGAAUUCCGAUGCUGCCUGCUCAAACGUCCCUCAACAAAGCAUGAAAGUUCUUCUCCAUGUCUCAGUAUAUACGCAAGGCACAAGUAGUGGAACGUUCGAUAUCGAUGCAGUUCGAAAAAUUGCUCUUCUUCUCAAGAACGGUGCAACAUUUGGAAGUUUCAAGGUACAAAGCGCAGAAAUGGGUUCAUCAGAAACGGCUGCUGCAAGUAUUUCAACUAAAAUGGUAAUAAUCAUCAUAGCUGCAGUUUUGGCUGUCUACAUGCUUGGUUACUUUUGCAUCCUUGCCACACAAUCAGACUCUUACGAGCAUAUAAAUGUGCCGAAAGCGCAUGUCGUUUCAACUGUCAAUAAAGUCUAUAAAGGACGAGGCCAGGCUAUGCAAGUGAGCAAAAUAAAUUGAAACGAGGUUGUGCAAAGAGGCUGGAUAGGAGGUCAAGUGUUGCCAAACGUAUCUCUAUGAAUGUAAUGGACGAUGUCUUGCCCUUCUUUGAUUAUCUGCCGAGUUGGACAAUUGCAGCAAAAGAAGGUGUUACCCCUAAAUUUGUAUUAUGUAUUUCAGGUUUUGAGAAUAUUCUGAUGAUUCAAUGUUUACCUUUAAAUGGUAAAAAGGAACCUUGUUGUUAACAAUUCUCGUGCAAUGUAAAACGCAUACUGUACGGCAAUAUUCACAUUCCCCGCCCAAUGUAAUAAGCAUGAAUUUUCGAAAAUAGAAUAUGAAUGUUGAUGUGCUCAUUCCCACUCAUCUGUCGUUGUCUUCUCGUUUGCUCUUGUUCAUUUUGACAUGCAUUUAGCCAUGUCGUGAGGUAGGUUACACCAUAUGAAAGCUUGGCUAUCAGAUUCAGGUGUCGUGUUGAACAGGGCCUCCGACGACAAGGAGGGCCUGGCCACGGUCCCCAUCUAUUUUGCAAAACAAUAGAGCUCUUUAAAAACCUUUGCGGUUUGUGGUAUUUUUUCAGUGGGACGCAUUACAAUUCUUGCAUUGGGAUGCGCCACAACAACAGAUACAAAAUAGCCCGUGCACAUAGAAAAUUUUACGGCAAGUUUAUUAUUGGUAGCUCAAUAAUAAAGAGAGGUCUUAUUUCUUAAGGAGUGUAGCUCGAUCGAAUUAUUACGGAAUUAUUUGGCAAAAGCUAACGCGCAUCGACGAACGCGCAUCGAAGUACGCGCAUCGAAGUAUGCGCAUGGAAGUACGCCCACAGUUAUUUUCUUCAUGUGGCAGCCCCUCGUGACAUUUACCCUUGAAUUCAAAAAUUGGCGAUUUUCAUCGUUCUCUCUAAUUAUCAGAAAACAAGGCUACGUUGAGCUUGGCAAAGCACUGAUAUCCGAGGCUGCGUUCAGAGGCCAGUAAAGGAAAAGCGAACAAGACGAAUAAGUGCAUAAAGCAUUUUGAGAAAUUUAUCAUUUUAAAUCAUGUGAAAAAUCAAAUAAAUAUUCAGUUGGGAAAUAUGCUAUAAAAAUGUAGAGAUACAUCAUUAGGUGGUGAAGCUGUCUUAUGUGCCAUUUAGGAAUAAAAUAUAAAUAGAAAAUUGCUGGCCAAACGCGAGAGGCUUUGAUAGUGCUCUGUGAUUGGGAUAAAUUGAUAUCUCUGAAUUUAUCGUUGGCAAACAUAAUAUGUUAUUUGAGAAUAAAUAACGAGCCUGUUUACAUGGUGAUGAAGAUACCAAAUUUUCUAGGUUAGGCGUGUUCCUUGUGAGCGAUAGGGCGAGGGCAUUGACUGCUAGGGGCACCAAACAAGGCGAGGGCAUAGACGUCUCCAAGCUGGAUUGAGAUGUUGUUUAUUUUGAUGGUUCUGAUUUUGCAUAAGAGCUGUGAAGGUCACGCACUGUAACAUGCAACCUUAUGUUAGUUCUAUAGCGAUUGGUGAGAAACAUAAGGCCAAAAGUAUCUAUGGGUUAGACCAACACGAGGCAAAGCUAUUCGUAAUUGUGAUCACAGAUAAUCCUACUUGCUCUUCUGGCAAAAAAGGGGAAUUUAUGUGAAGACAUAUGAUAGGAAAGUAUGGUACAUGAAGCCAAAUUGGUUGGGUUUGAGUAGCAGGAAUCCGGAGGCAUCACUUUAAAAAGAUUUCAGGAAGCAAAAUGGUUGUACCUUGCCAAUUAAAUAACAUACAAUUCCAAUAAAUGAGGGUUGAUUUGGAGAUGUAAUAAAUUUAGAAAAACUGCAAAAGUAACAGGAAGAUUAAGCCUAGAUGAAUAAAUAUAAAUUGUAAAGUAGCGAAAAGUAACUGAGUCUUCACAUGACUCCAUGACUAAGGUCUUCAUAUGCUUGAAGUGAUGUCCUAAAGAAAAAAUUAAUAAAAAUAAUUCGUGAAAAUAGUUGAAAAUCAACAUAUAAAAAGGUCAGUCGACACUCUUAUACAUUUUUUAUAUGGAUGUUCUCAAAGGAGGGAUGUUUGUUGGGAAGGGUUGAAUAGAGGAGGAGAUGGGUUAGAAGCAUUUUUAAAACAGAAUAGGACCGGAGGAGAGGUUAUAAGAGAAAGGGCCUCUGUCUCUAAAUUGCGUAACUAGCUAAUGAUUGGAAUUAAAGGGCGUUCACUUUGCAGGUAAUAUGAGUGGCUGAUUCAAAUACAUCAAGAAAAACCAUCACGUGGUUCGAGUCUUGUGAAAAAUGCGAAACGAUACGUAAAUGAAAACGUUGCACUGUAAAUGUCAUAUUUGCGUUAUCGUUUUGUAACAACGCCAGAAUUACUGUUGUACAGUAUUGGGUUGCCACGGGGUAGCAAAAUUAAAGAAAAUACAAAAACUGCAAAACAGAGAAGCAGAAAAUGUAUGAUUUGGCUCAUAUGAUAUAUCCUCUCUCUG